GCACUUUUCUCAGUUUGUUGCACAGUGCUGGUUUGCAGAUUCUUGUCGAUAUGGAGGCCCAGACUGUCUCUCAAAGAGGGGGUUGCAAUUACUGUUAUAAUCGAUGUCUCCUAAUGUGGGGGUUACUCUUGAAUUAGAGAACAGUGCCAUACUGCAGUACUGAUAGAAGAAUGAUUUUUAAGCUAUUUGUUUCAGAUGCAUUGAAUUCACUCAAUUUUCUUUUUGAAUUCUCUCAUUACUUUUUGUUCUCCUGUUAGAUUUUGAAUUAUUUUCUUUAUUUAAUCAUGAAUUGAAAUUUGAUAAAAAUCAUGUCUCAUCACCAUCGCCGCAGAUCUUCUAUGUCAAGUUAUGAAGAGGAAAGAAUUCUGGAUGAAUAUCGGAAAAAAUUUGAUGAAAAAACAAGGAAAAUGAUGGACCAACCAAGAGAAAGGCCUCCAUCAAUCAGUCCAUAUCUACAAUCUGUUGCACCAAGACAUGUUUCAGCGUUUUCAAGGCGACCCCAGUCAGCUCAGAAACAUGUCAGGCGUAAACGACACACAAGUUUCACAAAAGACAGCUCAACACAAUUCAUGUCAAAGUCAUUUGAAGGUCGAACUAACGGAGGGGAUUACUCAUCUUCAUUUGAAAGCAGCGACAGUGACGACUCGAAUGAAAAAGAGAAUCACCCAGAUAGAGGAAUGAAACAAAUGAAAUCGAUAUUGAGGAACAGGCCUUCAUCUGCACCUAUGCAUAGAAGAAGACACACACAUGAAGGAUCCAUCGACUCAGUAUCCAUAACAUCAGAGAGAAAGAGAGAUCUUCCAGUAUUCAAGCGUCAACCUGUGACCAUCAGAUGCACAGCUUAUAGGAAUGGAUCUCUCACUGAUCCUGCUACCCUCGUAGCACCGGAUGUUAAACAGCUUUUAGUCGAAGCAACUCGCAAGCUUGGCCUUAACACAGCGGCAAGAAGAGUUUACCUUGACAAUGGAGCAGAAGCCUUCAGAGCCAAAGAUAUCCCGUACAAUGCUGAUGUUUUCAUAUCAUGUGGAGAGCAGUUCAAAGACCCAAAGAAAGUGCUGAACAACUCAGGCAGUCUCAUUGCUUCAAACUCCUGGACAAUGAAAGGUGUUGUGUUGGACGGUGAACGACGACCAGUGCGCAGAACAAUGACAAAUCGACUGAGACGUCUCGCAGGAAAAAAGUCGUCUAGGAUUCUUGUCUUCUUGAAUGGUGAUGGAGCAAAUGGGCACGAUGUGAUUCAUCUAACUUCAGAUGGAUAUAACAGGCUUCUUGAUCAAUCCACAUCAAAAUUAAAAAUGACUUCUGCUGCUCGCACGACAUAUGGAUGGGAUGGGAAAGAAGUCAGCAAUCUUGAGGAAGUUCGACAACUCGACUCCUGCAUGAAGAACGGUUCAAGUCUAAUCCUGGGUCCAAUAUGGGUCAGUGCGGGUGAGGGAUUCAACCCAACAGGGGCUCUCAACUUUGUGGAAGGCAUCUUAUGGGGACUCAAACAGAGGCUAGAGGCUGCAAAGAUCAGAAAUGAACAGUUGGACCAUGCAUGCAAUGGUGAUAUGAAUAAAGUCACACAACCUGAUAUCGUGAUAAUGUCUAUGGAAGAGAUAUACAGCAAUAUUGAACAGCUUGAUGAAGAAAUUGAAGAUAUGAAGAAAGCACAGAAAAAAUAUAAGGAAAGAAGGAAAGUACUGAAAGAAAUGGAUGAAAAGCAAAGAAAGCAGGGAAGCAAUUACACUAUGCAACAUAUAAAAGAAAUAAAAUCUGAUGACCGAAUUGUUGGGCAACAUGGUCUUCGUCUUAAAAUUUAUGAGAACGGGAAGGACACCAAUGCUCAGAUGGUUUUCGUGAAUAUGAGGGAAAUCCUGCGAGGAACUGGACAGGACCAGGACACAGAAAAAUUAGUUAGAACUAGGUUUUUGGAACAUCUGUCUCACUGGCACAAACCAGUCGAUCCAACAGGGCCUGCGAAGAGUUCAAUGGUUCGAAGAAUGUUUGAUAAACAUGGUGAAGAGAUCAUGAAUGUACAUGAGUUACAGAAUGAACAGGAGAUCUGGCUUUCCUAUGGCGAAGAGUUCAAGUCAGCUCAUGUUAUGGCUCUUCAUGUCCAGUUGCAUCCAGUAAUGGCAUUCAGACUGAAGAAUGAUGAGAAAAUCGUCAUCAAAACUAACGCAGAAGUUCAAGCAAACACUAAAUGGAAGGCUACAAACGGUUUCCCAGAAGAUUAUAAUUGUCUGCGUGUUGAGAAUAUUGAUGAGAAAUCCGAGACAUUCCCAUCGGCUGAUCAUUACCUGCAAUCAAAGGAAGAUUCUCAAAUUGUUGUCAAACCAAUGCUCAUGGGUGAUCAGAAAACAGAGAAGAAGGAACCUGGGACUUCACAGGCCUGGUUGAUUCAUCGAAGUGGUCUAAUCACAUCUAGGAAUUACCCUCAACUGGCACUCUCAUUGGAUGAAGAUCAACCAAUCACAGUUGAGAUGAGUUGUGGGGCAGAGGUCACUGGUUACGCUCUAACUCUCCAGAAGAAGACUCGCGGAAACCCAGCUCAGCAGUGGGAAUUCAAUCCCUCCGGACAGAUUUGUUCGUUGCAUAGUCAGAGUGCAACACAGGUUAUAACCAUGCUUGAUCCUGAUCAUUUCUCAAGUGUGGAGUGCAGAGGUCAAAAGACAGAGAUUAAGGGUCAUAAGGAAAUGGAGCAGGAAGUUGGCAAAAAUCAGGAUCAAACUAUACAAAACCAAGAAAAUGCUGGAACUUCCGUGAAAAUUGUAGUUCUUGAAAAAAUGUCAGGAUCGCGAGCUAAAUUCCAAAGAUGGGCUUUGAAACAGGAUAGCAUACCUAACCAAUGGAAACAUACUAAGGUUGCAAAUCCAACAUGGAAGAAACUAGCUUAUUCCUGGCCAGUGUUGCCAGACGGAAACUGGAAUUUGGAAUACAAAUGGCCAAUGGAGGGGACGUUUCUGAAUUGUCCUCCGCCACUUAGAGGAGGGGGGACAAAGAGUGAGACUACUGGUACCGUUCCACUCAAGGUUAUGAGGAAUGGUGAAAAGAACAUGGACAGAUUUGUGACAGUUGUUGUUCCCGAUCUCUCUUCAUCCUCUCUUGCAAACGAGAAAAAUUCUCCCGAUUCAGAGACAAAUGUCAUAAAGCUUGAAAUGAACAUGUUCCUGGAACGAGCCACGAGUUUACUGAAUUUACCAUUUGCGGCAAGACGAAUUUUCAAUGAUCGUGGUGUUGAAGUCUACUCCCUUCGUAAAUUGAAACGGAAUCAAGUCGUUUUCGUAACUUGCGGAGAAACCUGGCAGAACCCCACUGUGACUAAAUCAGAAGCUCAACGACGCCAACUACUUGCUAAGUUGACAGCUGACGUCAAGAAAAUCAACGAUUAUUGUAUUCUAAGAGAACCAGGAGAUGUUGUUGUAACAAUGGAAUCAGGAGCCGUCGUAGGAUCUCGCCUUGUUGUUACUCAACAGGUCAAAGUUCAGGAUCCAGCUACAGACAAUCAAGAAAUUAAAAAAGAAACAAAAGAAUCUGAAGCAGAGGACCGACUUUCAACAGAGGAGAAAGAAAAAAAUGAAAAAUCUUGGCAUCAGAAAUCCCAUGAGUUUUCAGACAACUGGAUGAUAUCACGGAAGUACCCAUGGCAACUUGAGAAAACUACUGAAGUGGAACCAGAAAAACAAAGUGAAGAAAAGAAGUCGCCAGGGACACCUAGAUCUGGACGAAGAUCUCCAAGACCUUGGCAAAAGAAUCCCACAAUGCUUCAGAAGUUAGUGUUCAAGGAUGGGUACCUGAUGCCUGAGAUUGACCCAACUCUAGCUGUUGGGGUCCCUGGGGUUGAUCUGGAAGCAUUGACUGGAACCACUGAAGUUAGAUUGUGCAGGAAAGAUAAAGAUGAUAUGACUCAACGAUGGGAGAUCUGUAGCGAUGGCACCAUUCGUCUUGUCUGUGACCAUUCUGCUGGUUUGUCUGUCUGUCUGCCAGUAAUAAACAAUGAUGAAGAACCUUCACCUAAGAACUAUGCUGUUGUUCUACAGAAACUAAGAACUCAAGCAGCAGGUUCAGCAAAUCAACACUGGAAACUCGAACCAGAAAGUCAUUUAUUGAAAGCUUUUUACUCGAGUGUUGUGGAUAAAGAAGUCACAGCAGCUAAUCAUGUAUCAAUAUGCACUCACACAGUACGUGGGCCAGAGCCGCUGAAUCAGGACGGAUAUAUAGUAGAGUUAAAAGGAGCGUCGCCUAGCAACCCAGUCAUGGUCUGUCGAUCAUGCGCGACCGUCAUGCGUGGACGAUUCACACUCACACACGCCCCUUCUAAUUGGUUAUUCAUAUGUGCGAUGGGGAAUCCAAAGAAAAAUGGCCUCAAACUCCACGGAUCAUUCAAAUGCUUAAAUGGGAAAGUCGAUUUGUCAACAUAUGAAGCCGAGCCAACGUUAAAACACUGGGUGGCGCAGUUGCAUACUCUACGACAAGAAUCAAGUGUGAGAUCAAUCAACCGUGACCUGAACAAUGCAGAAUGCAAUCAAGCGUGGAGAUUACUAAUCAGGCGUAACGGAGAAGGAUAUAAAAGUAAACCUGAAAUUGUCGUUGGGAGUAGCGUAACCGGGAUUUUAGACCAAUGUUCACACAAGCUUAGAAUCACCUCUGCGGCUCGGCGUUUGUACACAGAGGAUGGGACUCAGAUAUUACAUAUGGACCAGUUAAAGCAGUGGGUUCAGAAAGUUGGCAAAAAAAUGAAAAAGAUUGCCAUUGUGAAACAACCUGAAGUGAACACUGAUAAUGAACAGAAUGGGAACACUACAGAAGUGAAAACUGAUAAAGCAAAUGAUGGGACAAACUCUACAGAAGGGACGCCUGAUCACAGUACGGCUGAGUUUGCCGCUCAAGAUUUGACAAGGAAAAGUAAAAAGACGAAGCCCGCUCAUGUGCAACCAACCAUGACCGAAAGUUUCGCACAAGAAUUACCCGCGUUACCGAUAGUUGAAAUAUGGGUCUCGUGUGGAGAGAAUUUUAUUAACCCUGUCAUGGCAGACAAGAUGUCACAGGAGAGCCUAGCAGUUCAUACUGAGCGUAACGCCAAGAAUCUAGUGGUUGACACUCAGCGUCACGUUAUUCGUCAAAUCCAUGGACGUAGACGGGGUCAGAUGGCCCCAGCUGAACUUAUUCCAACUAAAGAUACAAGGCAGCCUGUUGUCGUCACUGGAGGGUGGACAGAGGCGACUAGAGAAGAGGAUGAGCGAGCUGUCAUCAUGAACCAGGUAAAAGAAGAUCAGAAGCCUAAACGACCUAAAUCAGCUUCAAGACUGAAGAGUGGAAUCUAUAAACAACCACAAAUGAAACGAAUCACAGUGAGACCAGUGGAUGACCAAGCGGUGUCCGUCUAUGCCUGGGGAAACUCGUUAGAUUCAUUGUUGGAUGAUGCAGCAUCUCGUCUCGGAAUUCGACGAAUUGCUCGUGUUUUUUACACCAAGGAGGGAGUGAAAAUUAAAAAUUUUGAAGAAAUUGAGAGAAAUGCUGAGUUAUUGGUUAAUCCGAAACGUCCAGGAAGUACAAUACGUAUGAAGACAAUUUGGGCCAGGACUCGUAAAGCCCACGGACCAUCAGCGACAGAGAUUGUACUCAAUCCCCCAACAAAGGAUACAGCGCUGUCUUACGUCCCCCCAUCUAAUGUUAUUGUUGAUACCACUAGUAGUAGUAGCAGCUCCUCUGAUUCUGAUGUUUAACUUUUGUUUUCGAGGAAGUUUCUAAUUUACAAGGUCUAAAACAUUCGAAAAGAUCCAGGUCGUUGGAAAUUUUGUGACUUGCUCAAAGAUGAGUCUUCUUUACUUCUGAGUGAGUGUUUGUAACUUUGCUCAGAGAUGAGUCUCCUUUACUUCUCAGAGAGUGCCCAUAGCUUUGCUGAGAGAUGAGUCCUUUUUAAUUCUGAGUGAGUGCCUGUAACUUUGCUCACAGAUGAGUCACCUUUACUUCUGAGUGAGUUUGCGUAACUCUGGAAAAUCUAAUUUUGAUGAUAAAAAACUUUGCACUCGCAAGCUACUCAAAGGGUUUAUAAAAUAUUAAAUAGUAUAAAAUUUUGCCCGAUUUUAUAGAAAAGUUCAAUUAAAUUUUAUUGUAUGAUAAUGAGUACUACGAUCCUAAUAAGAACUAUUAAUAAACAAAGAAAUUUUUAAUGAUUAUUAUUAUCGAAAUAUUUUGAACAUGCCAAGUUUUGCUAUAGUUUUCAAGUCUAUAAAUUCAAGCAAAUCAGUACAUAGAAUAAAUGUUUAUAUUUUUAUAUUCAUAUUGGAUUUUAUGAUUUUCUAUAUUUUCAUUUUUGCACUAGAUUUUACGUUAAUGCUCAUUUGAAUUAAAUUGACUUCAGUUUUUGUCAAAAAUCUUCAAUUUUCUUUUUUUCCUAUGAUUUUUGUGUGAUUCUUUACUGUAUUAUAUUAUUGUUAUUGGACAAAAAAUGAAUCGUUUUUCCAAAUUGUUUUUGUAAAAAAUUGCUUUUUCAGCACUUAACGGACCAAUCAAUUUCAAUUUUCAUUACUUAAAAAUGGAAGAAGCCAAAAGAAUAGGCUUGAAUUCUACAAGGCCCUGAUAUUUGGCGUUUUAAAAGUAUGUGUACCGAUAUGGAGAUAACUAAUUUUGGUUGCCCACUUUACAUCAAGUUGUGUAAAGGGACUGAAACCUAUGGGUAUUUUCACUUGGCUAACUAGAAAUCGUAAUUCAACUAAAAUAAGGGAAAUGAGAAUGAAAUUAUGAAUUAACCCUAACAUGGUACACAUACCAUGGGAGUACCCGAAAAUCUACCCCGGAUUUUGCUCGUUAUUUAUAUUGCACCACGCUUCUCCGUUUUCAUAUAAUUUCUCUAUUUCGCAUUAGAUUUUUCACGUAUGCAAUUCCAGAGUCCUGUUGCACACUAACACAAAUGUAUUUCUGUGAUGUUGCAUCUGGCCAAAGUCAUCAGAUUGUCCUCAAGUUGUUGUAAACUGCUUGUCUGAGGAAGUCUGAUUUUGAUCAGACGAAACGUUACGGAGAAUACAUUUGUGUUAGUGUGCAGCAGGACUCUUGAAUUGCAUAUUAUGAUAUUUUUAUUUCUGCUACAGCAUCCUUGCAUUGUGAGCAUACAGAUCCAUCUUGCAAAGGCAUUGAGUAAGAAUUGUGUGUUAGUCUCGUGCGAUCUCUACUGAUAGUUAGAUUUCUCAUCAAUGCUAAUUUUUAAGCAUGAAAUUUUUUAUUUCAUUUUGUUUACUUCUUUUUAAUUUCAAGUCAGUCUGCAGAUCUUUUCAUCGAACUCUGUGCUCUCAAGCCCUAUCGUAUGUUCAUAUGUUUGAGUAUUGCUAUCUUGUUUUAAUUGAAUUAAAACUAAUGUUUUCCAAUUUUUACCUAAUUUUUUGAUGUUUUCAAUCUUUGCACUAGAAUUCUUAUUCAUGUAAAUUUUUUAAGAAAUAAAAUUAUCUUCAAUUUUUUUUUUGCUAUUUUAGUUGUGAGCACUUCUAAAAUCUCAAACAAAAAUUUGCUCUCCAUGUAUUAUGUGAAUAUUUAUAUUUUUUAAUUACCGUAUUCUUUUGUGCCUUUCAACAUAGGUCGCUAUAUAUUACAGUUUUGAUGACAAGUCACAGCGCAAUUAAUAUUCCUAGUUUU